UGAGGUUUCCUUCCUGAAUACAGGACCUGGGUAUCAGACCUGAGGUGCAUGGAUUCUGAAUCCUUCCCGCUUCCUCCUUUCCUGGCUCCGCCCUGGAAUCAUCAUUCGGGUUGAAUGCAGCCGCUCAGACCUGCACACAGACAGGCUACAGCUGCAGGCGUGGAGGAGCCGGUUACCCGGUCGCAGGAGUGUCCCCAAAACCAGUAAGGAGGACGAGCGACGCCUUAAAACUCAUCCACGUCCUGCUGGCCAUGCUGACCUUGGCAUCCACUCUCCUCGCUCCCAGGAUGUUCUGGGUCCUCUUGUUCUUGGCUACCUUCAGGAGUGCUCAGAGUGGAACCUGGGACAACCCCAACUGCACCAAGGGUGUGGUUUCUGUGUUAAGGGGCAAGCCAGCCACGAUGAGCUGCAGCAUCUCCAAUGCCUUCUCCCACAUCAACAUCUCCCUGAAAGUGAACCCCACGGCACCCUGGAAGCUUAUCUGCAGUGUAAAGCCCCCAGGAGACUUCUGCCACGAUGGAUGGGAGCUCUGGAUUUGGAAGGGCCAGGCGUACCUAGUAACUGAUAAAGCCCAGGACACCCAGGCAGGGCUGUACAAGUGGAGUCUGAAGGGACGCCAGAUAAAUACCGAAAUCACCACACUGACCGUCGUAGACCCGCAUUACCUGCCUGUCAUACCUCCCACAGGUCGGCAGAUGAGCACACACCAGUCUGAUCAUAAUUCUAAACACGCUGAGCGAGAUGCUGGUAAUCUUCCCCAUCCUUGCCUCGUCAUCCUCCUCAGCCUGCUGAUCUGCACACUGGCGUGGUGCUGAAGGAGUGGCUCCCUGAACUUCAAGCUCCAGAAGAACAUGAAUAAGAACCAGUUUGAGGGACCUUCCAAGAAGCACCUGUGGAACCAAAAUGAGGAUAUCAGUGGCCUGAGAUGAUGCACCCCCAAAGGGUAGAGCAGCCCCUCUGGAUGGGAGGCCAGACAGGUGGCUGCUGGUGGAAUCUGUGUCCAACCUCCCUGCCCUGGGGGAGGGCAACCCUGGGGCUCCCCUCUCUGCCACCUGCCCCACGUGCUGCCCCUUCCUGUUCCCAAACCGCAUCCCAAACCAUAUAUGCCAGAUGUCUUUACAAGCAAAACUGUGCAACCCCACUGAGUGUAUUCUUUGUCGGUUUUUUGGAGGUGGGCUGGGACGUCUUUUUUUCUUCCUUUCCUCUUUUGUUCUCAUGAUUUGAUGACUUUCGUGAUGCACUUGAAUUCCUUUUUCUUUUGUGUGUGUAUAUCUAUGAUAAUGACUUCUGGUUUGUGGUGACCAUGAGCUUUCGAUACAGCAGUCUACAUAUACGUGCAGGAGGGUUUUCAGUUGCUCAUCUCUUCCUUUCCAGUGCAUUUCGAAUGUCCUGCGUGCGUCCUCUCCUCCUCUCGUGAUUACUGGUUUUGACCUCUUGUUUGUGUGCGUGGAUGGUGUCCUACUUCUACUGUAUGCUUGCCUUUACUGGUGAGCCCUCUUAUUUCAUCCUUUUCCUGUUUCUCGUUGUGGCCUUUUCCUUUCAGCGCAGAGAAGCUCCUUUAAAGAUAGAGCUGGUUGGUGGUUCAUUGAAUAUGUUCCUAAAAGGUAGAUAUAAUGUGAUAAAAAGAAGGUUUUUCUAGAAGUGCUACCUUCCGUGCUUUGCAAAACGUCCACAUUGCUAAUCCUCAAGAUGACUACACUAAACCUAGGAGCGAGUCAUCGAAUGAGCUGAGAAAUAUAUCCUUAAGUGGAGACAAUAAAAAUCUGAAAGAA